CGCACUCGAAAUAGGCCUGUAUGUAGACACAACCGUUGUAUACUAAUAGAGAGAUUGUUCUUAUAUAAAAACGUUGCUUAGCAAUAUUAGAAAUCUAUCAUAAACAACUCACAGAAGAAUCAGAAGGUCUGUGUAUAAGGAUGGACCAUUCCGUGCAUUGUGGAUAUUUUUGGAUUCGGAUUGUGCUGUUUAUUUGCUUAUGGGAUAUAUCUUCCGGUCAGAUUGUCUAUUCUGUUUUAGAGGAGUUGAACAAGGGAACCUUUGUUGGGAAUAUAGCCAAGGAUCUCAAUCUCAACGUUCAGGAACUGGAGUCACGUAUGUUUCAGAUUGUAUCCGGAUCCAACAAGAAGUAUUUUGAUGUAAAUCCAAGAACUGGUGUUCUGUUCGUGAAUGAGAUAAUCGACCGUGAGGAGCUUUGUGAGACCAAUGUGAAGUGUUCUUUGAAUGUGCAGGCCAUUGCGCACAAUCCUUUAAAUGUUUUUCGUGUUGAAAUAGACAUUUUGGAUAAAAAUGACAAUGUACCUUGUUUCAUUGAAAAUUCUCUGACAUUAAAUAUUUCUGAAAACGCUGCUGCGGGAGAGCGAUUUCUUCUGCCAGUGGCUGAGGAUGCGGAUGGGGGCAGUAACUCUAUGAAAACCUACAAGCUAAGUCCAAAUGAACAUUUUUAUUUGGAUGUACAGAGCGGUGGAGAGCAGAGUUUGUCUGCUGAGUUAGUGUUACAGAAGGCUUUAGACCGAGAGAAACAGGCUGUGAUGAAGCUCAUACUAACUGCUGUUGAUGGAGGAAACCCUCCCAGAUCUGGGACACUACAGAUCACUGUACAUGUAUUUGAUACUAAUGACAAUACUCCAAUUUUCAGCAAACCUCUUUACAAAGUCAAAGUUGAGGAGAAUGUUUCAAAUGGAACCAAAAUAAUAACUCUCACGGCAUCAGACUUGGAUGAGGGUAUCAACAGUGACAUUCUUUACUAUUUUGUUGGUAACAGGAAUGCAAAAGGAUCUAGUAUAUUUGCUAUUGACCCAUAUACUGGGGAUGUAUCAGUGAAAGGUAAUGUCGAUUAUGAAGAAAACGUUGGGAUUGAGUUACGAGUCCAGGCUGCAGACCAAGGCCAACCUCCAAAAACGACACAUU